AGAAGGGCAGCAUGAGACCCUUCUCUACUCGUAUUAUGAAAGCAUGGGAAUAUUUGGCGGAAAAGACAGUUUGACAGCUCAGCCAAACAAAAGAAACAUGUGGAGGACCCUGACACUCUCACUGAUAGUUGCACUGGCAUUGGGCACAGAGGUGUGCCAGUGUGAGGAUGUGGGGUCCAUGGUUGCUGUCGAAGAGGCAGUGUUGGAGGAGCAGGAGGAGAACUUCAGUGACAUAUCCACCGUACUAGGAGCGUCCCGAAACCAGAUCCUGGCUGCUCAGUUUGAGUGUUACCUGAAGAUAAUCCACGAUCCGCCGUGUACAGAAGAAGGUACUUACUGUAACCGUACGUGGGACGGCUGGCUGUGCUGGGGGGAUACAGCUCCAGGAACUGUCAUGCAGAUGUGUCCUGGAUACUUUUCUGACUUUGACCCUUCUGAAAAGGUCACCAAAGUGUGUAAUCCUGACGGCCAGUGGUUCCACCACCCAGAGAGCAACAGAGUCUGGACAAACUACACCCAGUGUAGCUUCUACACCAAAGAAAAACGCAAGUUUGCCAUCAGUAUCUACUACCUUGCCAUGUUGGGUCACGGCCUGUCUAUAGUCUCCCUGAUCAUUUGUCUCAUCAUCUUCUCCUACUUCAAGAGUCUUAGCUGCCAGAGAAUCUCCCUCCACAAGAACACGUUUCUCUCCUUCAUCUUAAACUCCAUUGUUACUGUAAUAUGGCUUACGCUCACUAUGGUCACUGACCAAGGCAUAAACACCAGCCACCCUGUAAGCUGUAAGGUCCUGGCUACGCUGACUCAGUACACGUCCACUUCCAACUACUUCUGGAUGCUGUGUGAAGGCAUCUACCUCCACACACUCAUCAUAGUGGCAGUGUUUGUGGGGGAACAACAGCUCUUCUGGUACUAUGUCCUGGGAUGGGGUUUUCCUAUCAUUCCUGCCAUCACGUAUGCUGUGGCUCGUGGGCUCUACUAUGACGACAAGUGUUGGAUCAGCUCACACACACACCUGAUCUAUAUUACUCAUGGGCCCAUUCAAGCUGCACUGCUUGUGAACUUUUUCUUCCUCCUGAACAUCGUCCGGGUUCUAAUCACCAAGUUAAAAGAGACCCACUGUGCUGAGUCCACAGCCUACAUGAAGGCGGUCAGAGCCACCCUCAUCCUCAUCCCUUUGCUGGGAGUCCAGUUCAUCCUCUUCCCCUGGAGGCCAGAAGGACGCAUCAGCCGGGCCAUCUUUGAGUUCGUCACACAUAUCUUCAGCCAUUUCCAGGGACUCCUGGUGGCAAUUAUAUUCUGUUUCUGCAAUGCUGAGGCCCAGACAGCGCUGAAGAGGAAGUGGGCUCAGUGGAAGUCAGCCUGGGGUAAAAACGGCUGGGGAGACACACCGAUCAACAACUUUAGCUACCACAACAACUCCUCCAUUACCGAAACUAGCCGUGCCACCAUCAGCAUGGAGCAUCCCACUGCUGCACUGUCCGAACGAAAUGAAGACAGCCACUUCCUGUCCCAGGUACAGCAGAAAGCCAACGGGCAGCAGAAGACAUGCAGCAACGGGGAGGUAGACAUGCUCUACAACUCGGAGACCACUAACAUCUGAAUGGAGAAAACAGAGUGGUGAUAGUUGUGGUGCCAAACACGACACUUACUUAUGUGUAGACAGAAGGACAGAAGACUGAAAAACAGAGAGGCUGCGGGUGAGUUUUUAAAAUAAAGUGUAGCUGAUUGGGCAGUGUAUGUAGCUCCAAAUUAUCUGAAAAGCACUUAAAAAGCAUGUGAUGUUCCACACACACACACACACAGUACAGAGUACAGUAACAGCUCCAGUUUUUGGACUUGUAUGAACUGAUGAAAAAAAAGUUAUUUAUAUCAUGGUGUCAUUCUGUAAUGAGUCCACUUAUGUGCUUCAGUUAUUGUUUUUAUUCUUUGCCUUGUUAUUAUAAUUUUCUGUUUAAAUGGAGUGAGUUGCAAAUCCUAAACCUGUUAUUUUCAUAUUACAAAUGCAGAGCUGCAUGUUUGGUCAAUCCACUGCCUCUGAAUGGCUGCAAUUAGAUGGACAUCAAUAACCCAUUCAUGAGGCUUAUCCCACUUAUGAUCAUAUUCGGGAUAUGGCAUAACAUUAGCACGGAGAAAUAGGAAAUAGAAAAUAUUGAUAUUCCUUGUAUACAUCCCAGUUUCUUUCAGAGAACUCCAGCUAGCAUAUUUAGGUUUCUCAUAAAGGGAAUAUGGGGUUUAUAUGCUGAAACACAGGGAUAGUGCACCCAAAAAUGAAAAUUCAGCCAUUAUCUA